AUAUAAACCCUACACCCCUGCAGCACUUGAACUCACCAAGCAAAGCAAAACACACACACACACACAUUAUAAUUUGCAAGUGCCUUUUGGUUUCCAUCUCGAUCAAGAAGAAUGGCUACAAGUGUGAAGUUCUCAUGCAUGGUUGUUGCCAUCUGCAUGGCGUUGGUGGCAGCACCCAUGGCAGAGGCUGCAAUCUCAUGUGGGUCGGUGAUAGGCGCCCUUACACCUUGCAUGCCUUACCUGACUGGCGGUCCUGCUCCAUCGCCUCAGUGCUGUGCCGGAGUGAAGAACCUGAACGCCGCCGCGAGCACCACCCCUGACCGCAAGACUGCUUGCGGGUGCUUGAAGAACGCUGCUGGUUCUAUGCCUAAUCUGAAUGCCGGUAACGCUGCUGCUCUCCCUGGCAAAUGUGGUGUCAACAUCCCUUACAAGAUCAGCACCUCCACCAACUGCAACACCAUCAAGGCUUGAAUCUUGAUGCUAGCUGAUGCAGGGCACUGGAAACUAGUUACUAGUAUGAGUAUGAGAUAGCAUUAUUGAGAAUAAAUCUGAGAGUGAUGAGGGAUCCCUCUCCUCUUCUUCUGUACUCUACUGGAUCAUGUUACCUUUAUUAUGAAUGAAUUAGUUAAUUACUACUUUAA